CAGAAAGAGAGCAGCAGAAAAGAGAGCAUAAGUCGUAAACAUGAGCUGAGUGUGCUCAUCCCGUUUUUCAGCAGGAAGCAGCAGAAAACUUCCGUUUCCGGAGAUUGAACCGUUGGAUCGUCGUGAUUUUUGGACAACAGCUUCACAGCAUCUGAGCCAACAUUCUGGACGGUGGAGAUCGGGUUUUGAGGUCCGGACGUCGGGUUUCAUUGCUCUGGACAGUAGCUAUUUUUCUGGUGAUAUAUUUCUUAUCUUGGCUCUAUUUUGAUUCCAUACACCUUUGAUGUGCUUAAUUCCAAGGAUAUGAUGACUUUGUAUGCCUCUAGUAUUAUCUAGAGAAGACUUUUUACUGCUCCUUUGAUCAUGAUAGUGGAUUUAAGCGGCCAAAAUGGUCCCGUGGUUUUUCCCUAGUUAACGAGUUUUCCACGCUAAAAUUCCGGUGUUUUUGUGUGGUGUGUGCUUACUGUUUUAGCUCAUUAUAUUGGUGUGUGGCAGCAAUAUUGUGUGUUCUAAUUGUAUUAAGAACACCCUAUUUGUUUGCAUCCUCAAAGGUUCAUUCAAGUUGGGGAAAGUUUAGCCAAACGGAGAUUAAUUCCGCAUUUUAUUAGUUCCGUUUGUGCCUGUUUUUCCCAUCAAAUUGGUAUCAGAGCCGAGUUCUUCUUUAUUGGGUUACACUUGUUUGAAUGAUGGAAGCAAACACAAGUAGGAAUAUCAAUUUGAAUGGUUCUAAUUAUCAUGUUUGGAAAGACAAAAUGGAAGACCUACUUUAUGUGAAGGAUUACUAUUUGCCUGUGUUUACUACUGAUAAACCUGAGAGUAAAACAGAUGCAGAGUGGAAUAUUUUGCAUAGACAGGUUUGUGGGUAUAUUCGCCAAUGGGUUGAUGAUAAUGUUUUGAACCAUGUUAGCGGGGAAACUCAUGCUCGAAGUUUGUGGAACAAGCUUGAACAGUUGUAUGCUCGAAAGACCGGGAACAAUAAAUUGUUCUUAAUAAAACAGAUGAUGAGUUUGAAAUACCACGAUGGAACUCUUGUCACUGAUCAUUUGAAUUCUUUUCAGGGAAUCAUAAAUCAACUUGCAGGAAUGGGUAUCAAGUUUGAAGAUGAGAUACAAGGCUUGUGGCUCCUUGGCACUUUACCGGACUCAUGGGAGACUUUUACGACAUCAUUGUCCAACUCUGCACCAGAUGGUAUUAUCACCAUGGAAUUAGCUAAAGGCAGUGUUUUAAAUGAAGAGAUGAGAAGAAUGUCACAAGGUUCCUCUUCACAUUCUGAUGUCUUAGUUACAGAAAGCAGGGGGAGAAGUCAGAGUAGAGGUCCAGGUAACAAAGGGAAGCAUCGAAGUAAAUUCAAAGGAAAGUUUGCUGAUUUUGAGUGAUAUCAUUGUGGUCGAAAAGGGCACACAAUACGAUUCUGCAGGCAGUUGAAAAAGGAGAAGAAGAAGAAGAAGAAGAAGAAGAAGAAGAAGAAGAAGAGCGAUUACAACAAUCAAAAGAACCAUAAGAAAGAUGAGGGUGGUAAUGGCAAUGCUGAAGUUAACACUGCUACCGAUGAGUUCCUUAUUUGUUCUGAUCUUGAUAUGGUCAACAUUGCACAUGAUGAUUCCAGUUGGGUUGUUGAUAGUGGUGCUACUUGUCAUGUAACAUCACAGAGGGAUUUUUAUUCAUCUUACACUCCAGGUAACUUUGGUAAUGUUAGGAUGGGUAAUAAUGGACUAUCAAAGAUUGCAGGCAUCGGAGAUAUUUGUUUGAAGUUUGACACUGGGAUAGAGUUGGUUUUACAUAAUGUAAAACAUGUUCCAGAUAUGAGACUUAAUUUGAUCUCUGCAGGCUUACUUGACGAUGAUGGUUACAGCAACAACUUUGGUAAUGGAAUAUGGAAACUCACUCAUGGUUCUUUGAUCGUGGCUAGAGGUAAAAGAUGCUCAAAGUUGUACAUGACACAUCCGAAGAUCUUCAAGGAUAGGGUCAAUGCUGUGGUGAAUACUGACAUGACUGAUUUAUGGCAUAAGAGACUUGGUCACAUGAGUGAAAAGGGGAUGUCUCUUUUGUUGAAGAGAAAUGUGUUACCGGGUGUGCAUGAUAUUCAUUUAAAGAAGUGUUCGCACUGUUUGGCAGGUAAACAGAACAGGGUUUCCUUUAAGAGCCAUCCUCCUUCCAGGAAGGAGAGUAUACUUGAUCUGGUGCAUUCUGAUGUUUGUGGUCCUAUGAAGACUAGGACACUUGGUGGUUGCUCGUACUUUGUCACAUUCAUUGAUGAUCACUCCAGAAAGGUAUGGGUUUAUACCUUGAAAUCUAAAGAUCAAGUAUUUGAGGUGUUUAAGCAGUUUCAUGCCUCGGUUGAGAGACAGACUGGAAAGAAGCUCAAGUGUAUUCGGACAGAUAAUGGAGGGGAAUACAUUGGCCCCUUUGAUGCUUAUUGUAGAGACCAUAGUAUUCGACAUCAAAAGAGUCCUCCCAAGACACCGCAGUUGAACGGAUUAGCAGAGCGGAUGAACAGAACUUUGAUGGAGCGUGUCAGAUGUUUGUUGUCACAUGUAGGGCUGCCAAAUUCAUUCUGGGGAGAAGCUUUGAAUACAGCGGUACAUGUUAUUAAUCUAACUCCUUGUGUUCCUUUGUCUUUUGAUGUACCUGACAGGGUUUGGAGUGGCAAAGAUGUUUCUUACCGUCAUUUGAGGGUCUUUGGAUGCAAAGCUUUUGUGCACAUUCCUAAAGAUGAAAGAUCAAAGCUUGAUGUGAAGUCCAAACCAUGUGUUUUCUUGGGUUAUGGCCAAGAUGAGUUUGGUUACAGAUUAUAUGAUCCAGUCCACAAGAAACUUAUUCGAAGUCGAGAUGUUGUGUUUGUGGAAGAUCAGACCUUGAAAGAUGUUGAGAAGAAAGAUACAGUUCCUCAACAUAAUGAUGAUGUUACUGAUUUGGAUCCAGUGCCUCCUCAGCAUGUAGAACCACCUCUUGAUAAUGAUGUUCAGAAUGAUGAACAACAUGAUACUGAUGCUCCAGAACAGCCAGAGGUGGAUGAAGAAUUUCAUUCAGAGAUACCAGUACCAGACGUGCCACCAUUUAUCCCACUUAGGCGGUCUACAAGAGAUCGUCAUCCUUCCACCCGUUUUUCAGCUAAUGAGUAUGUCUUACUCACUGAUGGGGGAGAGCCUGAGUGUUAUGCAGAGGCCAUGGAAGAUGAGCACAAAAGGGAGUGGGUUGAAGCCAUGCAAGAUGAGAUGAAUUCCUUACAUGAGAAUAAUACAUUUGAGUUGGUGAAGUUGCCUAAAGGCAAGAGAGCUUUGAAGAACAAGUGGGUCUACAAAGUGAAGACUGAAGAGCACACCUCACAACCUAGGUACAAGGCUAGAUUGGUGGUCAAAGGGUUCAGUCACAGAAAGGGUAUUGAUUUUGAUGAGAUUUUCUCUCCGGUCGUGAAGAUGGGAUCUAUUCGUGUUGUUCUGGGUUUGGCAGCCAGCCUUGAUCUUGAGGUUGAAUAGAUGGAUGUCAAAACAGCUUUCCUCCACGGUGACUUGGAUAAAGAAAUCUACAUGGAGCAACCUGACGGGUUUCAGGUUAAGGGAAAAGAAGGUUAUGUGUGUAGACUUCAAAAGAGUCUUUAUGGGUUGAAGCAAGCACCAAGACAGUGGUACAAGAAGUUUGAGUCAGUUAUGGGGGAGCAAAAUUACCGAAAGACUACUUCAGACCAUUGUGUUUUCUUCCAGAGGUUCGAUGAUGAUGAUUUCAUUAUUUUAUUGUUAUAUGUUGAUGACAUGUUAAUUGUUGGCAAGAAUGCAGAAAGAAUUACUCAGCUGAAGAUGCAAUUGAGCAAGUCUUUUGCUAUGAAAGACUUGGGGCCAGCAAAACAGAUUCUUGGCAUUCGGAUCACUCGAGAUAGAGCUUUGAAGAAGCUACACAUGUCACAGGAGCAAUACAUUGAGAAGGUGCUUCGCAGAUUCAACAUGGACAAAGCUAAAGAGGUUAGUUCACCUCUUACUACCAACUUCAGGUUGACAGAUAAAGAUUGUCCAUCUUCUGAGAAGAAGAUUGAAGAGAUGGAUAGAGUUCCUUAUGCCUCAGCUGUAGGGAGUUUGAUGUAUGCUAUGGUGUGCACACGGCCUGAUAUUGCCCAUGCAGUAGGUGUUGUUAGUCGUUUUCUGUCAAAUCUAGGUAAGAAGCAUUGGGAAGCAGUGAAGUGGAUUCUCAGAUAUCUACGUGGUACUUCCAAAUUGGGUAUAACAUUUAGAAAUGGGGAGCCAGUACUUGUUGGUUAUACUGAUUCUGAUAUGGCAGGAAAUAAGGACAACAUGAAAUCCACUUCUGGAUAUUUGAUGACUUUUGCAGGGGGAGCUGUGUCAUGGCAAUCGAGACUGCAAAAGUGUGUGGUUUUAUCCACCACCGAGGCUGAGUAUGUAGCUGCAACAGAAGCUUGUAAGGAGCUAUUAUGGCUCAAAAGAUUUAUGCAAGAGAUUGGCUUUAUUCAACAUCGCUAUGUGGUUCUUUGUGAUAAUCAAAGUACUAUUCACCUUGCUAAAAAUUCUAUGUUUGACAAACGAACCAAACAAAUUGAUGUGAGGUAUCAUUGGAUUAGAGAUGCACUUGAAGACAAACUGUUUGAACUUGAUAAAGUUCAUACCAAUGAUAAUGGUGCCGAUAUGUUGACGAAGUUUCUAGCAAGGGAAAAGUUGAAGGUAUGUUGCUCCAUCGCCGGUAUGGCGAACUCUUCCUCAUAAGUCAAAAAGGGGGAGAUUUGUUGGGUUUUUUCUUUGUUUUUGACCCAUGAGGAAAGCCCAAGUUUUGAGUCCAUUAAAAGUCUUCUUUGACUUUCUUUUUUGGGAGCUAAUACUAAAAUAUGGGUUAGCUACUAUCUCAACAUAUGAGGACAGAAAGAGAGCAGCAGAAAAGAGAGCAUAAGUCGUAAACAUGAGCUGAGUGUGCUCAUCCCGUUUUUCAGCAGGCAGCAGCAGAAAACUUCCGUUUCCCGGAGAUUGAACCGUUGGAUCGUCGUGAUUUUUGGACAGCAGCUUCACAGCAUCUGAGCCAACAUUCUGGACGGUGGAGAUCGGGUUUUGAGGUCCGGACGUCGGGUUUCAUUGCUAGCUAUUUUUCUGGUGAUAUAUUUCUUAUCUUGGCUCUAUUUUGAUUCCAUACACCUUGAUGUGCUUACUUUCAAGGAUAUGAUGACUUUGUAUGCCUCUAGUAUUAUCUACAGAAGACUUUGUACUGCUCCUUUGAUGAUGAUAGUGGAUUUAAGCGGCCAAAAUGGUCCCGUGGUUUUUCCCUAGUUAACGGGUUUUCCACGCUAAAAUUCCGGUGUUUUGUGUGGUGUGUGCUUACUGUUUUAGCUCAUUAUAUUGGUGUGUGGCAGCAAUAUUGUGUGUUCUAAUUGUAUUAAGAACACCCUAUUUGUUUGCAUCCUCAAAGGUUCAUUCAAGUUGGGGAAAGUUUAGCCAAACGGAGAUUAAUUCCGCAUUUUAUUAAUUCCGUUUGUGGCUGUUUUUCCCAUCACAAUUCUCCAAAGAUGUGAUUUUCUGUUCUUGAGAGAAAGAUGUCUCUUACUUGCAUUUGCAAAAUUUGUUAAAAGGCGUCAAUUUAUAAACCUUAAAUAAUUAUUAUCUAAUCACCUUCAAUAAAAAACUCAGAUUCAGACUACAGUACAUAAAGUAUCAAAAUUAGACAUUGUUUGGAUUAAAAGCUGCAUUUUCUCUUGUUUCCAUUACUAUAUUCAAGUACGUUGAAUGCUACUGCCACAAUCAUAUUUGAGAUUCCACACAACCGCUUUUUAUCAACAACGACAACAUAACAAGCUAUAAUAAGGAGAGGACAUUACCAAAACACGGGAGUUUCUUGUCUGACAUUCCAAAACACUGGAAAGUGAUUUAGGUUACCAAAAAGCGGGAGUCGGAAUUGGAGAAUCCGACUAGCGUAUUAGGGUUUCAUUUUUCACGCCUUUCUCCUGUCGGAAUCACCAUAUCCAACUAGAGCAGUGCCCCCAAUAAUUUAAAACACCUAGUCGGAAUUGGGGAAUCCGACUAGAGUUUUGUGAUUUUUUUUAAAACCCCUAGUCGGAAUUGGGGAAUCCGACUAGAGUAUUGUGUAGUUUUUUUUUGAAUAAAUUUGUGUAGUUUUUUUAAAAGUUAGGUGACAUGUUUAAUUGGGGUUCGAGUAUUUCACCGAACUCCUACACUGAUACCCCUAUAAAAUCCCUUCAUUUCUUCUCAAAAUUUACAAACACAUUCCAAAAACACUUAUUUCUUUGUUAUAGUAAUUUAUUCAUUAUUCACCCAAAAACACUUCUUACUUUAAUUUCUUUGAUAUAUUCAUUAUUUUUUUUGUUUAGCACUCUCCUCUCAUAUUAUAUUUAUAAUAUAUACCAUAUAUAAAAAUGUCUAGUGAGGGUAAUAUUGUUGUUAUGGUUCAUUGGAAUGGCGCGCUCUACAUCUCGAAAAGAUGAUGAAAUAGAGUACUCCAUACCUCCUAGGGCUGUACUAUUCAUCAGUGAAGAAGAUGAUUAUACUACUAUACAUGAGAAUGUUCUAAAUCAUGUUAGAGGCGACGGAUUUUCCGAAAUUAAAUUAAUUCACGGAAAAUUUCCGAAAUAUAAGAAUUCGGUAUAUGUUGCUUCUAGAUUAUGGCCCAUUCAUGAUGAGCGGACAUGGCGUCAUUUUUUCCGGAUCGCUACAAAUGAGUAUGAGGAGUUGCACAUUUACGUGGAAGCUUCAGUGACCCCGCCACAAAAUUUGACGUUCCACGGAACUCCCGGAGUGGAAGGCCCAUCAUCAAGUCGGAGGAACAACCGCCAAACGUUUCAGAACUACGAAACUCCCGCAACUAAUAGGUACCGAAACUGGUACAAGAAGCAUGGUAUGACACGUGUCCAGAACCCUUCUCACAAUGUGCCCACGACAGGCUACACCCCGACAGCACACGAUUGGGGUAUUGUGAAGCAAGGCGUUCACGAGGUGUAUCAGCUCUUAGCCGACCGCGCGAGUUAUGAGGACUGUCAAAAACGACUACGGCAGAUGGCCCUGGUCGUAGGUGAUGAAGAGAUGCUCCAUCGGGGCAUAUUCCAUUAUGAAGAUGAAGAUGAAGGUGGAAGUGAUGAAUAGGAUGAUGCAGAUGAACAUGAAGGUGGGGAUGAGGACUCACAAUCGCCCCCUCAAUUCUCAACACAGGGUGUCUCAUUUCAUCAACCACCCCCUCAAUUCUCAACGCAUCAAGGUGUCUCAUUUGAUGAACCGCCGCCGUAUUAUGAUUCUUAUCAGUGCUCCACACAAGCGGAUGAUUAUGUUGAGUCAUUUCUCAAUUCGUCGUUUUACUAUGGAGACACAACGAGGCCUUGGAACACUGGCGGUGGGGAUGGAGCAGGGCCGAGCUCGCAACGUUAGAUGUAGUAUUAAAUUUAAUAUUGUAUGUACUUUCUAUUCAUUAAUAAAUUACAUUGAAAACUACAUUUGUUUUGUUC